GUGCAAAUUAUCAUAUCAUCACUCUCACUUCGAGCAAUUGAGUUUCACUUUCCAAUUUCAUCUUUUGAAGUGUCUCUGACACAUGCUCUGUCUCAGGGUCUCAUGACUCAUCUAGUUAUGAGAUUCCACAGAAGAAAGAGAGAGAGAUGAAGAGUGGUUGAUUGGAGAGUGUAAGAGAAUUGAGGUGUGACAUAAUGUCAAAAUAUUGUUUUUUGCCUUCUUGCUAAACACCAAACUCCGCGUUCUUUUUGUGAGGAUCAAGUGUGUCUGAAAAAAAUUCUACUUUUGGAUUUGUUUUCCUAGAAAAGGUUGUCCAAUCAUUGUUGUUGUUCUUGUUUUUUUAUCUUGCUGCCAAAACAAGGAGUUAACUAAACUGUCAGAGACAUGUCCAAAGAAAGUAUGUCCUCAGCUGGUGGUGAUGGUGGUGCCAGCAUUGAACUUGGCGCUGCCUUACUUGGUUCUACUACCCUCACCAAGGGGAAGUACAACAGGAUAUGGCGUAGGAGUUUAUACAUAAGGUUCCUCAUCUCCACGAAGAAACCAUCAACUUCCAGUUGUAACCAUGACUCUCCACCAUCACCAUCUCCUGCUAGAACCUUCUCUUCCAAAUCCUAUGUCACACUUGAUAUAGAAGAGAGCAUUAGCAGUGAUACUGAUGGAAUUGUGAAGGACCAGGGCUUGAUUUCUCUUCCUGGGCUUGGUGGUCAAGGUCAACACACACAGGGGCACGGUGCUGUUGAUGAGGGGAACCCCACUGUACCGUUACCAGUUUUUGGAAUAGACUUUUCUAAGUCUUUAUUGAAUAGCUAUAAAUGCUACCGUUGCACAAUCUUGAUGCUGUUGGUCUCAGCUGGGUUGUCAUUCACCAUAGACUUCAAGCAGGAGGGACCUAAACAUGGUUGGCAUGAUGGUGUUGCUAUAUUAUUUGCUCUUGUCCUGCUGGUUCUGGGAAAACCAGUUGCAAACUUUUUCUGUGAGAGGAAAAAGUUGAAAUUGAAGGAGAGAAAGCAGGAGUUGGAAUUCAGAGUGAAACGAGGUGAAGAGUCCCUAGUGGUUCCCGUAUCUGAUAUUGUGGUGGGAGACACAGUGUGCCUGUGGCCAGGCGAUGAGGUUCCAGCAGAUGGUGAGCUCGAAAGUGAUGGCAUCCUUGUUCUGGUUGAGCUUGAGGAAAUAAAAAGCAAACAGAAGGGGCAGAAUUCGUUUCUUACAUCUGGUUCAAAGGUGAUCGGGGGCCAGGGAAGGAUGUUGGUAACAUCAGUUGGAACCAAAACCAGUUUGGCUAAGAUAGGUACCUGUAAUUCUGAAAGGAGGGGUUUGUUGGAAAGACAAAUUGAGAAGCCAAUUUCUUACAUUGACAUGGCUGCACUUUCUAUCUAUGUACUGGUUGCAUUUGUGGUGUUGAUUCGCCUAAUUUGUGGAAAAGACGGGAGCAAUGCAGGCUUGCCAGAAAUGAAAGGGAAGGUCUCAAUUGGCCUGUUUAUGCAUGUCCUUGAGAGAACUUUUCUAAGACCCCAAGGAAGGGUUUCCAUUUUAACAGGUCUUGCUACUGUUGCAAUACUUUGCGUUCAGCAUGGAAUGCCAUUUGUGGUUACCAUUUCUCUUAAGUACCAGAUUGAAAAGGAAGUACGAAACCAAGAUGUAGUUCUUAAUGAUUUGUCCGCUUGUACGACAAUGGGGUUGGUAACUGUGAUCUGUAUUGAUGUAUCAGGGGAACUCAUAUCUAAACCAAUGGAAGUUAGAAGAAUAUGGAUGGGAGAGAAAGAUAUCGGCAUGGUCGAGGGAUCUGAAACAGAAAAACCCGUGCUUGACAUGCUUAAACUAGGGGUUGGUUUAUCAGUCCUUGCACCAGAGAUUUAUCUUUCCCCUGUGUUCAAUUCACUUGUUUGUUGGGCAGAAACAACAUGGGAAAUGAGCAUGAGAUCUUUCACAGAAGAAAAAUUUGACAUUCUUAAGCACAUCAAAUUGAAUUCUGGCAAAGAAGUCAGUGGGGUUUUGGUGAGAAAAAUUGGGGACAGUGAAGUUCUGCACUUGCACUGGAGUGGAGCUGCAUCCACAAUAUUGGAGAUGUGUUCGAGAUACCAUGACAGUAAAGGGAAUUGCCACGCCAUGGAAAAUCAAAAAAUCAAAUUUGGGCAGGUGAUUAAAGAGAUGGAGGAUAGUGGUCUUAGAUCAAUUGCUUUUGCUUAUAAACAAACAGAUGGAGAAGAACUUGAGCAAGAAGAACUGAUCUUGUCUGGACUGAUAGGCCUGAAAGAAACUAGUCAAGAAUCCAUAAAAUUAGCUUUGGAAAAUUUCAGAAAUGCUGCAAAUGUACAGAUCAAACUGGUCUCAGAGGAUGGCAUCGAGAAAUUGGAAGGCAUUGCUCGUGAACUAGGACUAGAACAUGAUGUUGUGCUAGAAGGUAAACAACUUCAAGAUUUGAAUGGGGAAGCUAGAUUGGUCGAAGUGGAUCGAGCCCAUGUAAUGGCAAGAUUCCUUCCUGAAGACAAACUUCUCAUGAUACAGUGCUUGCAAGAGAAAGGCAAGGUGGUUGCAUUCAUUGGGACAAGGUUGAGAACUAGUCUUACUUCAGUUCUAAAAGUAGCUGACGUGGGGAUAGUGCUUGAUUCUUUAAGCACAAGAGUGGAUAGAGAUAAUUGUGACAUAUCUAUCAAAUGCUUCAGUGCAUUGAAACCCGUUGUGAUAGCUGGCAGAAGUAAAUACCACAAUAUUCAGAAGUUCAUUCAACUCCAGCUGACAUGUACCAUUUCAGGAUUAGUCAUAACCUUAAUCACAGCCUGUACUGGAGAUUCCCCGCUUGCACCGUUCCAGUUGAUUUGGGUGAAUGUUGUUGUGUGCAUUCUAGGUGGCCUAAUGAUGGUAAUGAAGUUAACCAACGAGGAACAACUUGCUAAACAACCAUCUGAUAACAGGAACCAAAAUAUUAUAGCCAAAGAAAUUUGGAAAAGCAUUGCUAUUCAGGUACUAUAUCAGACUUCUGUAUCAAUGAUACUUGAGUUUGGGGGACAUGUUACUGACUGGGAGAAAAAAGUUAGGGAAACCAUGAUCUUUAAUACCUUCUUAUUGUGCCAGAUAGUCAAUCUGCUCAACACCAUGAAGUUGUUGAGAAAGGAAGUUCUUGUUCAGAGCUUCUAUUUCUUGGGGGCCUUAGUUAUCUGUUUUCUCAUGCAAGUGGUGGUGAUUGAGUAUGCUAAAGGCCUGUCAGAUUGCAUGCACCUGAAUGUUACGAGAUGGGGUAUCUGUGUCAUGAUUGGUGCUCUUGCAUGGGUUUUUGAGUGGAGCACGAAGAAUAUUCUUCCAGUUAUUCUGAAUCCCAGCACCAAUUAUUCUUCAGAAUUCAAUACUUCACCUUCUUUCUUUCUUUCUCCAUCUUUUCCAUUUCUGAUGCUACUUUUGUUCCCCAUAGGACUGAUUUUUAGUCAAAUGGGAAUGAACAUGACACUUCGUUAGUGGCAGGGAUAUCGACUUUACACGCCCACUGACUUUAGUCUGUGUAUAAUACUGUUGUUGCAUAUGUAUGUCAUCAUUUUGUACUCAUCAUAGAGUGAUCAUGUAGAUAAAGCUUCGUUAAUUCAUCAUGUCUUUCCCACUGUAAAUCAAUGUGAAUUAAAGCAA